UCUAAUAGAGGGCGUUGCAAAGAACGACAACUCUAAUUUCAAAAUGGCGGACAUACCAGCAAACGCACCUGAACAUUGCCCAGGAACUGACAGUGAUCAAGCUGGAAAAUCUUCCACCUGCCAGGGCUGUCCCAACCAAAAUGUGUGUGCAACAAAACCCAAGGGACCAGACCCAGACUUGGGGGACAUUACAGAAAAGAUGUCAAAAAUAAAACACAAGCUUGUCAUAUUGUCAGGAAAAGGGGGUGUGGGGAAAAGUACAUUUACAGCUCAUCUGGCACAUGGACUUUCUGCAGAUAAACAGAUUGGUGUAUUAGAUGUUGAUAUUUGUGGCCCAUCUUUGCCCAAAAUCUUUGGAGUAGAGGGAGAACAGGUUCAUCAGAGUGGUUCUGGCUGGUCCCCAGUGUAUGUUGAUGACAACUUGUCUCUAAUGUCAGUGGCAUUUUUGCUGUCUAAGGCAGAUGAAGCAGUUAUAUGGAGGGGUCCUAAAAAGAAUGGUUUGAUAAAGCAGUUUCUGCGGGAUGUAGACUGGGGGGAUAUAGAUUUUCUGCUGAUUGACACCCCUCCUGGGACCUCUGAUGAACACCUGUCUGUGGCCCAGUACCUCAAAGAGAGCGAUGUGGAUGGAGCCAUAGUUAUCACAACACCUCAGGAAGUUGCUCUUUUAGAUGUACGGAAAGAAAUCACUUUCUGUCGGAAGGUAGAUCUGCCCAUCAUAGGAGUGGUGGAGAAUAUGAGCAGCUUUGUCUGUCCUAAAUGUAAAGUUUCAACACAGAUAUUCCCAGCAACCACCGGGGGAGGGCAGAAGAUGGCUGAGGACAUGAACGUCCCAUUUCUAGGUUCUCUCCCUUUAGAUCCUAGAAUAGGUAAAUGCUGUGAUGAAGGGAAGUCCUUUCUUACUGAAGUUCCUGACUCACCGGCAACUCGAGCUUACAAAGAAAUCAUGUCAAAAAUUGUUGAACACUGUGAGAAGCGAAAUGAAAACAAAGAAAGAGAAACAGGAGAAAUGAACAAGUAACUUAUAUGAUGAACUGUCCUUUUGGUGCCAUGCAUUUUUGAGUGCUCAUUAUACACUUUUUAAAAAAAAAUAAAACACUGAAAAAAUUAUCGUUUUUCUUA